AAGAUGCUUAGGUUAAAGUAAGGAAAUGUUAGACCUUAAAGUAUAGGGCUAUAGUAGUGGACUGUGGACCAACUCGCACAGCUGUACCAGGACCACUGAUUACUGUAGACUCUACACAUGCUGCCCCAUCAGUUAUCAUGGAGCUGCGAUACAGUACAGCCAGCGUGUUACAAAUGUAUACUUUAGCGCUAAACUCCCCGUAACUAACAUUAUAGCCGCUGCAAAUGCAUAACAGCAACAACGUAGGCAAAGUGUUGCCCCAUUCCGUGUAGGAUUUACUGUGAGCAGGUGAAUAGCUAACAUACCUAGCCUAGCAGUCCACAGACAGGCUCAACAGGUGGCUAGUCUGACAAGUUAAGUAACGUCAGCGGCUCGUUCAAGAUAACUGGCUUCAUUCAUCGCAACGGGGCGCAGGCAACACCAGCGCUGUUUCCAAAUCAAACUUCCAAACCAAACCACCCCCGGGGCGAUCAGCCAUUCUGCUCUCAGAUAACGCGUCAUUCUGUCUUCGAUUACGCAGCGGGAUUUACAUGAAACUGUUAAUUGCUCUUCAAAUAGAGUCAGCCUAGAGUCAGCCUGGAGCCAGCAGUCUGCCAGAAGUUAAGGACCGACUCUUGGACAUCCCUCCCCCCCUCUCCGUGUCCCUGUCCGAACGUGCGGGCGGAUCUUUCCCCGAGGUUCAUCAACAUGACAAAACACUGGCAGAGCUUCGUGGCACCACCCGCCCUGUCCCACCUUGGAGAACAUCAACUUGGCUUCCACAGACGUGCGCAGCACAGUUUUCCUACCAGCGGUGUAACGCGGAGCUCUCCAGCCCAGCACUGGCCUCGAGAUCCAGCUCAGAUGGUUCCAAAACAGCCGCCGCGCUCGGAGAAGCCCGCAGCGUGCCCUGAACAUCUCACCGGUGUCAAUGCUGUGUUUAUGGAUAAAGCUUCAGAAACGGGCUCAUCGUGCCCGAAUGCUCAAGCUAACAACUCCAAACUGGAAAACAUUACCCAGAACUCGGGGACCACUGAACAGAAGAGUAGCACCCGCGGUGGAAAGAAGAAGAACUAUCAGCGCUAUCCAAAGCCACCGUACUCGUACCUUGCUAUGAUUGCUAUGGUCAUCCAAAGAUCUCCAGAGAAGAAACUUACAUUAUCUGAGAUCCUGAAGGAGAUCAGUGCUCUCUUUCCAUUCUUCAAAGGAAAUUACAAGGGGUGGCGAGAUUCGGUGCGACACAACCUCUCCUCUUAUGACUGCUUUGUUAAGGUGCUGAAGGACCCUGGUAAGCCCCAGGGCAAAGGCAAUUUCUGGGCAGUGGACCUUAGCCGUGUUCCUCUGGAGCUCCUCAAGAGGCAGAACACGGCUGUGUCGCGCCAAGACGAGACAAUCUUUGCCCAGGAUCUGGCCCCCUAUAUCCUACAGGGACACAAGCCAGAGUCUGAGCUACCCUCUGACCCUGUGACCUCCUUCCCUCCCCUGAGCUCUGGCAACCCCUCCCCACCACAGGAGGACUUGUUCCAACCUAAGCUGGACUCAUCUUUUGCCAUUGACUCCCUGCUACACAGCCUACAACCAACUAGUGCACCUGGUGAUGUAAAUGUGACUACCCGGGACUGCUGGGGUGAGGUGGAGCGCACUCUGUCCUCUCCUCCUCCACGACCACGGUACACAUCCUCUGCUCAUAGUGCCUCUGCCAGUUCUUCCAGCCCCGGCUCCAUUGCCUCCUCUUCUGAUGAAGAAUGGAAAGGGCUGUCCCUGUCUGGGAAGCGUGUUCCUCUUGAUGGUGAUGCAGGGUCAAAUGGACGUGAGGACUACAGGCCACCGCUACACAAGUCAGCCAGACGGGAAACCAUUGCACCACCAUGGGAGCUCCCUACAUCUUAUGCCAAAUAUGCUCCCCCCAAUGCUGUUGCCCCACCCAGCAUGCGGUUCAACGGAGGUCCUCUGAUGCCACUACAUGGCAGACUUCCCCUUUAUGGUUAUGGUAGCCCUCCUAUGGCACCUGGUCACUUCUUAGGUCAUGCAUAUUGGCCCAUCCUUCCCAGUGGGCGGGUUUCAGUCCCAGCUCCGCCCAUAUAUAUGGACCUAGACAGCAUGUUGCAGUCUGUGCCUCCAAACAAGAGUGUGUUUGAUGUGCUAGUACCAACCAAUCAGAACUCUCACCCACAUCAUCAACCACCUAGUCAGUAUACACUCCAAAAUGGGCCUCCCCUAAGCAGGUACCCUCAGUACUGACUGACUGAAUUACUGUCACUCAAACAUGCAUGGAUGCUGAAAGACUAUGGUGCAAGAGGAGAGGUUUAAUUCAGCUCUACAGAGGAGACUCAGUUCUGCUGCAACUCCCCCAGGAUAAAGUUUUAAUCACUACCUCCAUGCAACAUUGACACUACUAACAUACAUAGGAUGCCGAUCCACAGACAGUGUUAGUGAUUGUAGCAAGAUGAAAAGCUAGUGUUUCUUUUUUUUUUCAGGCCAAUAUUUAAAAAAGAAACACCUUCUUGCCUUUUAUCAAUCUGUGGAAUUUUACAUGGUUUCAUUGAGCAAACUACCUCAAACAACUAUAAAUCCACCUCAGUCAUUCAAUGAAUUAGUGUGUAUUCCUACAGACUCUUUGCACUGCCAGUCUUAUUUGCACUCAGUCCUAUUUGCAUGAAUGGUUUUUUAGAUGAAUUGCUUUUGAAUGUUGUCUAAUUAUUGUGACUACUGAAUGUAUUGCUGGAUUUUACACUUGUGAAAAACUAACAUUGAUGAGCUGGGCCACAGAGAGUAAAUUUUAGCUGCAACGUAUACAACUAUUUUUUUCUAGUUUGUCCUGCCAGUAUUUUAAAUGCAGUGUAGGAUUGUUAGGUUAAAAAAGUGGAAAUUUCAGUGAAAACAUGAAAAAUUUGGCUGCCAGAUCAGUGUAUAAAUAUAGUGGAUAUGAUUUUCCUGUUUUAAAUUUCAGUUAGUUUGGAUGGUUCAGUCCUGUAUAGCUAUUAACCUGAUAAAUAUUUAUAUUCCAAUUUGGCCCUGUAAUUAAAUAUAUCAUCUUGACAUUUACCUAAUGUUUUCUGUUGUGUUUUAGCUUUCAAUUUGAGCUGUAUUUUAGAUUCCAUUUGGAAACGUUGCAUUCUGUGGUCUCAUGACACUGGAGACAAUCAACCACUGCAUAACUACUAGUAUCUACCUCAGACUGGGUUUCCCACGGACUUUGCACUGCUGUUAUUUGCACUAUUUUAAUGUCAUUAUGACCAUCUUCCAAAAGAAACAGCUAUACCUCAACAAGUGAAUGAAAUGCUAGGGUUUUUUUUUUUUGGCCAUUUUCCUGAGGUCAUGGUAAAGUUUCUUACAGUAGUGAACUAAAGUGCAAAACUCUUCUCACAAGUCGAUGUAUCAAACAUCAUGGAGUUGAAGAUGUGAUGUAAUAAAAGUUUAUUUUAACUGUG